UUGGAUCUCAAAGGCCCAGAGGUGAAAGGUGAACAUGAUAUUGACCUCCCCUCUGCUGAUAUAAAGGGUGACAUCAAAGGACACAAGGUGGAUAUAGAUGUUCCUGAGGCUGACAUUAAGGGUCCCAGUGGAUCAUUCCACAUGCCCAAAUUCAAAAUGCCCAAGUUUGGAUUCGGUGGUGGUAAAGUAGAGGGCCCCGAUGUCAAUAUUGAUGCAAAUCUUCCAGCAGCAGAUAUCAGUCUAAGUGGUCCAAAGCUGGAAGGUGAUGUUGAUGUGCCUGACGUAGAUCUAGAUGUUGGUGGAGGCUCUGGUAAAAUCAAAGGCCCAAAACUUAAAAUGCCAGAUUUCAAUAUAUCUGGACCCAAGUUUGAAAAGCCAGAUUGGAAUUUGAAAUUCAAGGGCCCAAAGGCCACAGCAGAUGUCGAUGUCCCAGAUGUUAAUCUCGAGGGUGAUCUCAAAGGCCCAGAUAUCAACAUUAAAGGUCCUAAAGUUGAUAUUGAGGGACCCGAGGCCAAAGGAAGUGGUUUCAAUAUUUCAAUGCCUUCUAUGUCAUUGCCCAAGAUCAAGGUUCCUGACUUUGAUUUGAGUCUCAAAGGCCCAGAGGUGAAAGGUGAGCACGAUAUUGACCUCCCCUCUGCUGAUAUAAAGGGUGACAUCAAAGGACCCAAGGUGGACAUAGAUGUUCCUGAGGCUGAUAUUAAGGGUCCCAGUGGAUCAUUCCAUAUGCCCAAAUUCAAAAUGCCCAAGUUUGGAUUCGGUGGUGGUAAAGUAGAGGGCCCCGAUGUCAAUAUUGAUGCAAAUCUUCCAGCUGCAGAUGUCAGUCUAACUGGUCCAAAGAUAGAAGGUGAUAUUGAUCUACCUGAUGUAGAUCUAGAUGUUGGUGGAGGCUCUGGUAAAAUCAAAGGCCCAAAACUUAAAAUGCCAGAUUUCAAUAUAUCAGGACCCAAGUUUGAAAAGCCAGAUUGGAAUUUGAAAUACAAGGGCCCAAAGGCCGCAGCAGAUGUCGAUGUCCCAGAUGUUAAUCUAGAGGGUGAUCUCAAAGGCCCAGAUGUCAACAUUAAAGGUCCUAAAGUUGAUAUUGAGGGACCCGAGGCCAAAGGAAGAGGUUUCAAUAUUUCAAUGCCUUCCAUGUCAUUGCCCAAGAUCAAGGUUCCUGACUUUGAUUUGAGUCUCAAAGGCCCAGAGGUGAAAGGUGAACACGAUAUUGACCUCUGCCUCAGCCAGCUUGACUCAUCGGGACUGAAAUUUUAUCGAUCUUUGAAUCGAGAAGGAGGAUUGUCCCGUCUGCUUCCAAAGAUCCGACCCGUCGCCCUGACUGGUAAAGCACUGAGAUGCCGCCGUUCGAGGGUGGAGCGAGUUUUACCGGAGCAGAGAGUUAGCCAGCAGGCCACCCACAGCAGAGUGGGACUGUGUCCCCCGUGGGUGUCAGAGGGAGUGUCGAACCUGGAGGGAUCCGAGGGAACCCGCGCCGUGGGGAAACCGUGGAAGUGUGGGGAAUGCGGGAAGGGGUUUCGAGUCCCCUCUGAGCUGGAGAUCCACCGGCGCGGUCACACCGGGGAGAGGCCGUACUCCUGCCCUGAGUGCGGCAAGGCCUUCAAUCGAUCGCCCACCCUGCGGGCGCAGCAGCGCGUUCACAACAUGGUCGCACGGAGUUGA